AUGAGGAGGAGGAGGAGGAGUAUGAUGAAGAUCUCGGGUCAGCUGCUGCUGCCGCUGCUUUCACAUGAACUACACGCUGAGACGCGCGUCUUCUCCCGUGUGUGUGCAAUUCAAAAGAAAUAACCGUGAAUCGCUGCCGCCAAACGGUUUACUGUGGAUUGCACGACAUUUCCUCGGGAUUAAAAUGGUCAUCAAGGUUUACGUCGCCUCUUCAACUGGUUCUGUAGCGGUAAAAAAGCAUCAGCAGGAUGUCGUGGGAUUCCUCGAGGCCAAUCGAAUUAGCUUCCAGGAGGUUGACAUCACCAUGCUGGAGGAGCAGAGGCUCUGGAUGUACAAGAACAUACCUGAGAACAAGCAGCCAGAGAGAGGAAACCCGCUGCUUCCACAAAUCUUCAGCGAGGAUUGCUACUGCGGGGACUAUGAAGACUUCUUCCAAGCAAAGGAGAACAACGCUGUGUUGGCGUUCCUGCGCGUCAGUUCCCAGCCAUUAGUAAAAGAUUCAACGUCGUAGAAAGCGACAGCUGCAUGGUGAGCGACAAACGGGUAACCUUUUGAAAUAUGGCGACACACACGGAACACGCACAACUUGUGUUGCAUCACCAGCUCGUUCACCAUGGUCUUUCUGCUGCUAUGGUGCCACCAAUUUGCCGAACGUCCGCUCCUCCCGGCUUUUUUCUUCUGUGUGGGACCUUUCCUGACCUUGAAAGAAGACUGUGAAACACAACAUUCCACCCGGGACUGAAGGCUUCCAACGCAGCUCAGUGGUCGAGCGAGUCGUCUUCUACGUGCUGAUGUGUCCUUGGGCAAGGCUCCUAACCCCACGUUGCUCCUGAUGUCU